UAUUUUGAAACGUUUAUUGUAGUUCUUUUCGGAAGUUCCUUAUGUUAUGGUGACUAUGGUAUUCCUGUGGCAGUUUCUUUUGGGUUCCCUGUGUUUACUUUAGUACCUUSGCUGUCUGCUCCACUCAUUCCUGAUCGCUUUCAAUUUCUCUCCUAUCGCUAAUAUGGCGCUCUUCAAUUUGACAAAUYUAGCUCUAACUCUGUUUGCUUUAUACAUAAUGAACUCUAUCUAUAUAUUAUAUCAUUUCUUUCACAUUCCCGACUGCACUGGAGGACCGACGAAAUGUUUGUCCCCGCACCCGACCAUUGAUGGUCUACUAGAGGUAUCUCUUUAUGCCUCUACUAAAAAAGGAGCCAAAAAUAGCAAUGAUAUGGACCUAAUGUGGAAAAGUGAUAAUUUUAGCAUUAGAGAACCUUUCUCCAAGUUAGUAAAUGUUACUUUACCCAGGAAGACCAGAAACAAUGGCUCUUUAUUUGUUCACGUGUUUGUGUAUCCAAGAGGAAUGACACCAUAUGACAGUUUUUUUACUUCUUAUGAUGUAAUUGAACAAACCCAAUACGCUUUGCCGAGAGAUGAUACUCUUCAUUUGCUUUCUUCUAAUAGUGAGAAAAAGGUAUCAGCUCGUAAUGGAAAACCUAUAGCACACUGGAGGCCCAAGUUUUCCUUUUAUGUAUUGAGUGAGAAAGUUGUAUUUGAACGUUAUGCAAUACCAGGAGAGAUCUACCAAUUUAUAAGAGUUACACCAAAUGAGGAAUACAAUCCAGUUGUGUACAUUGACAGAUUGCAAGUAAAAUAUCGGCACAUUCAGCCUAUAAACAAGACUACCAAAGAGAUACCAUUGACAGUAGAAUACUCACCAAUAUCCCUUGGCAAAUUACGAAUCUGGACAUCUGUACAGCAGUCUUUAGCUACAAUGCAAGUGUUAGGCUUCUCUGAUAAAGAUGUAGAUGACAUCAGAGGCCUGUUCACAGAAAUCAAUAUGUACCUUCUUGGACUAACAUUUGCUAUUUCUAUAUUUCAUUUGUUGUUUGAUUUUCUUGCCUUUAAAAAUGAUAUAAAUUUCUGGAGGAAAACAAAUUCUAUGGUUGGUUUGUCAUCAAGAACAGUUGCAUGGCGUUGUGCAAGCAGUGCAAUCAUUUUUCUUUACUUGGUUGAUGAAAAAGCCAGUUUACUGGUAACAAUACCUUCAGGAAUUGGAACUUUAAUUGAGGCAUGGAAACUUUCCAAGGCUGUUAAACUGACCAUCAAAUUUGAAAGUGGCUAUAARCCUUUAAUACAGUUUGGUGAAAGAUCUUCACAAGAAAAAGAAACAGAUUCAUUUGACGAUGAGGCACUUUACUAUUUGAAGUAUUUGAUAUAUCCACUAGUGUUGGCAAGUGCUGURUACUCACUCAUUUACCAGCCUCAAAAAAGUUGGUAUUCAUGGUUCAUUAAAAGCCUGGUAAAUGGUAUUUAUGUGGUGGGAUUCUUGUUUAUGUUGCCUCAGCUGUUUGUUAACUAUCGACUGAAAUCAGUUGCUCAUCUUCCCUGGAAAGCACUCAUGUAUAAGGCAUUUAAUACUUUCAUUGACGAUGUAUUUGCCUUCAUUAUCACCAUGCCAACCAGUCAUCGCUUAGCAUGUUUUCGUGAUGAUGUUGUAUUUGUUAUUUAUAUUUAUCAGAGAUGGCUAUAUCCUGUUGAUAAGACAAGAGUUAAUGAGUAUGGGAUAUCAUAUGAAGAUGAUGAGAAACAGAAAAAAGAAUAAGAAUGCAAUAAAAACAGCAGCUACUAUGCAUUAUUUAUUGCCCAAGUUGUUGCUACAAUUUUUUAUCCAGAUGAAAUAAAGUCACAUUAAUUACCAUCUUGA